AUGCUUCUCGCAACCCUGCUCUCGCUGUCCCUGUACAGCACCCUCACAUCCGCCCUCGCGGCCCCGUUGCGCCUCCCUCCGAGGCCGCCACCGCAGUACCAGCUCCGCGACGCCAUCGCGCCGCCUCAGACCCCGACAAUUCGGAGCGUCUCCUUCUCCGGGAACGGGUGCCCGUCAGGCGGCGGCGGCGAGCCGUCGGUGGUCGUGACGGACGCCUCGUUCGAGCGCUUCUCGUUCCAGAUGCCGAGCUACGAGGCCUUCUCGCGGGAGCCGCAGCGCCGCUCCGUCUUCUGCCAGGUGCACCUCUCGGCCGAGGGCCUGGCCCCGGGCUGGCAGGUCGCGCUCCGGGACGUCUGGCUGCGCGGCCACUUGGCCAUGGACAGGGGCGUGACGCUGGGCAACUACGUGACCAUGUUCUUCAGCGCCGAUGCCGCGAGCACGGUUACUACAUACACCACGGUGGUCGCUCAGAACGGGACGCGGCUAGAUAGGGACAUCACACUGCAUUCUAGGAUCCCGACGGCGAGUCUGGUGUGGUCGCCUUGCAGAGCUUCAGGAGGCUCCGGUAUUUUGAAUGUCAAUGACCGUGUUUCAUUUACGACGAGUGCCAACGCAACAUCAACGGCGCAAGGUUAUUUUGGCAAGCCCGACAACGGGACUGUGACGGAGAAGCUGGGUUGGGUUUGGCGACGCUGUUGA